CUUGUUUAGUAUGUAAGUAUCAUGUCGACGAGAGACUCGGGCGAAGUGAAGAAAGACCGAAAAGGGUCGCCUCCACCAAUCAACAGCUCCCCCGCGCCCAUGGCAUUUCUUUGACAUCAUCUCCUCAUCUCCUCAUCUCCUCAUCUUCUCCAACUCCGAUUCUACUGAACAUUCCACUUUGCGCCCACGCAUUCUUUUCUCCCACCUCACAAUCCCACAGCAUGCCUCCCAAAGCCCGCAAACGCGGCCCCCCACCUACCACCGCAACCUCCUCCACCCCGGCCCCGAAACGCGCGCGACAAUCCAAACUCGCCAAGGAGAACGACAUCACCGCCGCCGAAGAAAGCGAGAUCAAAGAAGUGUUUCACUUAUUUGUUGUUGACGACGAGAUCGAUGAGUUCCCCGACGAGAAGGAAGGGGUGAUCCCGGUGGAAGAUGUGAAGAAGGCACUUUCAGCAUUAGGCCUGCCCCCCACCACCCCCACCGAACUCCCCGCCAUCCUCUCCGCCCUCGACCCCACGGACACCGGCUACGUCCCCUACGAACCGUUUCUUACCGUCGCCGCCGCCAAGCUCCGCUCCCGCUCCGACGAGGCCAUGGCCGCCGAGGUCGAUGCGGCGUUUCGGCUCUUCACGCGCGGGGGUAGCGGGCGUAGCGGGAGCGGUGCAGGCGCAGGCGCAGGCGCAGGCGCAUCCGGUAGCAGCAGCAUCAUCACCCUCCACCAUCUGCGACGGAUCGCCCGCGAGCUCAAAGAGGAGGGGAACUUGGAUGAUCAGUUGCUGAGGGAUAUGAUCCUCGAGGCGAAUGGGGGCGCCGGGGUGGCGGCGGGUGUGACUCUGGGUCAAUUUCGGGAGGUGAUGCAGCGGGCGGGGGUUUUUUGAAGCUCUUCA